AUGCUACGCCGGGGGCUAGUGACUGGACCUAACUUUGAAUCUUUCCGGCGUCGCUUUUUCACGCCGGCGGAGGUGGCCCAACACAACCUGCCGGAGGACCUCUGGGUGUCUUACCUGGGUUACGUGUAUGAUCUAACGCCUUUGGCACAGAAGUACAAAGGAGAUCUGCUGCUGAAACCCAUCUUGGAAGUUGCAGGCCAGGACAUCAGCCACUGGUUUGAUCCAAAGACCAGAGACCUCUGCAAGCACAUAGAUCCUCUGACCGGCGCUCUGCGGUACCGUACUCCGCGGGGUCGCUUCUUGCACGUCCCUCCUCAACUACCUCGUUCGGACUGGGCCAAUGAUUUCGGGAAGCCGUGGUGGCAGGGGUCGCUUUAUGAGAUAGGGCAGCUGUCCGAGAAGACCCGGCACAUCCGCAUCAUUAACACACUCACUUCGCAGGAGCACACAUUGGAGGUCGGAGCCCAGGAAUCAUUGUGGGAAAUCCUACACCGCUAUCUCCCCUUUAACGCACAUGCUGCCAGCUACACGUGGAAGUAUGAAGGGAAAGAAUUGAAAAUGGGUAGUACCCUGCAGGAGAACGGGAUCGGAGAUGAAGAUGAAGAAUUUGACUUGCUCAACAUGGACAGUACACUUUACACACCUGCAUUGUUGCUCUACUUCAAUGAUGACCUCACUGAGCUAUAA